AUGGCACUCAUGAGGACCCAGAUAGACCUACUCACGAAACAUAUUGUCGCAAGUUCUGAAAAUGUAAAUGUUGUAGGACCUCCAAAUAGGUAUAAAGAUCAGGACAUCGAUCUAGAUGAGGAGGUGAAACACUUGGGCAACCAAAGAGGUUUCCAGAAUUAUAACUCAGGACACCAAGGUUACAAUUCCGGAAAUGCAGGUAAUAGAGACCGGGUGAGCCGUAGUUCCAGUAGGUCUAAGUUGGAAGACAUGUUGGCCAAGGUGCUUCAAAAAGAUGAGUCAACUGAUGCAGGAGUGAAGGAGAUGAAAGGUGAUCUCUCCAGUACUGAGAAUGAACAGGUUAUGGAGAAAACUGGAAGAGAGGAGACCGAAGCUGAACAUGUAUAUGACUCGCAGGAUGCUCAGCCAAUAGCGAAACAAACAGGAGCAACAGAGAAAGGAGUUGAGGGAAUUAUGCCUUUACAACAGAUUUCAAGACCACCUCCUCCUUUCCCUCAAAGUCAUAAAAAGAAAGCCGAAGAUGGGAAAUUUGUGAAGUUUAUCACCAUGCUAAGAAAACUGUCAGUGAACAUACCAUUGGUGGAUGCCCUAGAGCAUAUGCCAAGAUAUGCCAAGUUCAUGAAGGACUUGGUCACGAAAAAAAGAGUUCUAAGUAUUGAUUUUACUGACAAUGUUCAUCACUGCAGUGCUAUUGCUACCAGGUCUCUAGUAAAGAGGGUGGAGGAUCCGGGUGCAUUCACUAUACCGUGCACAAUCGGAUUAAUCGAAUUCGCAAAGGCCUUGUGUGACUUAGGGGCCAAUAUAAACUUGAUUCCAUUGGCCAUCUACAAGCAACUGGGGUUAGGAGUUCCAAAACCCACAGCAAUGAGGUUGAUGAUGGCAGAUAGGUCGGCGAAGCGACCCAUGGGAAUCUUAUGUGAUGUGCUCAUAAAGGUGGACACUUUUAUCUUUCAAGCAGACUUUGUGAUCUUGGAUUGUGAAGUGGAUUUUGAGGUUCCCAUAAUCUUGGGAAGACCAUUUAUAGCCACAGGAUGA